AUGCCGAGCACUCGCUCCCGAGAUCCCAUGCAACCCACCCUGCCCUUCCCUAGACGCAAAUCCGCCAGGGUGGCAAACAAGCCCAAAAGAAACCUGCCGGAUAAUCCCGAGCCUGCUAAGAAGAACCCGGGCCACACAAGACCGACGCUGGAGAAGCCCGUCCCACCGUCACCGAGGCGACCUGCUGCGGCGCCGCUUCCCGUCACAGCGAGGCUUCCCCUCAGCCCGCGAAAGCGCACAGGUGACGACAACGCCCUCAACGUGGACGCUGCACUUUCAGCGUCACCCCCCAAGCAGAGCAAAGCAUCGCCGCGGACGCCGCUGUCAUCCCCGCGCCGUUUGGCUUUUGACGAAAACUCCCCCGUCUCCAUUCGUCGUGGGCCGACUGCGCCGUCCUCUCCGUUUGCCGCCUCGUCACCGACGCGACAAGAACUGGUCUCGGGAAGUCCGGCGCGGCCGAGCCCCGACAAAAAGGAGACUGUAGCGUGUGAACAAUUAGACCAAAGUGAUUUUGCGAGCGUAAAGCGGGCGCUGCAUACGGCUGUGCCCGAGCGCCUAUUGUCAAGAGAAGAGGAACGCGCCACCAUCCGGACAUUCCUGGAGGAGAAGGCUGUGCGCCGCCAGCCCGGCAGCCUUUACAUCUCUGGGCCGCCCGGGACCGGAAAGACUGCGUGCCUCAACUGUGUCCUGCGUGACAUGAAGGAAGAGUUGUCGAACGUGCAGACGUUAGUGGUCAACUGCAUGAGCCUGCGCAACUCGCACGCCAUUUUCCCACUGUUGGCCGAAAAGCUGAGAGUUCCUGCCGGCCAGAAAGGCCUACAAAGACACCUGACCGGAGCCGGACCAGCCGUUUUGCUGGUUCUGGACGAGUUGGACCAGUUGGACAGCAAAGCUCAGGAUGUCCUUUACACCAUCUUCGAGUGGCCACACCUGUCCAAGUCCAGACUCUGUCUCGUUGGGAUUGCCAACGCUUUGGACCUGACCGACCGCAUCCUGCCCCGCCUUCAAGCCAGGCCUCAUUGUCGCCCCCAGCUGCUGAACUUCCCGCCGUACAGCAGAGAACAGCUGGGCGACAUCGUGCGAGACAGACUGGCUCAGGCAUGUGCUGACAGUGUAUUGGACGCAGCUGCGGUGCAGUUCUGCGCUCGUAAAGUUUCCGCCAUGUCAGGAGACGCCAGGAAGGCUUUGGACAUCUGCAGGCGAGCGGUGGAGAUCGUAGAAUCGGAACACCGGAAGAAGGCGGACAAGCUCAAUGCGACAGCCAGCGUCCCCCAGGUAGCGCGCGUCCUGUCCGAAGUCUACGGCGAUCGUAUGGCGUCGUGUAACGGCGAUGAAAGUUUCCCGCUUCAGCAGAAACUCCUGGUGUGCUGUCUGCUGAUGUUGGUGCGCGCCGGCAAGAGCAAAGAGGUGGUCCUCGGGAAGCUGCACGAGGUUCACAGCCGCCUGUGUGCCAAGCGUCAGGUGGGCGGCGUCAGUCAGUCGGAGUGUUUGUCGCUUUGCGAGAUGCUGGAGAGUCGAGGGGUCUUCGCGCUCAAGAAGGCCAAAGAAGCUCGACUCACCAAGGUGUUCCUGAAGAUCGAGGAGAAGGGGGUCGAAAACGCUUUGAAGGAUCGCGCCCUGGUCGGCAGCAUCUUGGCGGCGGGCCUCCCGUGA